AUGCCCCAGUCAGCCCCGCUGCGGGUUCAAAGUUUUGUCAACCCCUCUCAAACUCACAACGACACGCCCCGAUCGGACUCGCGACACGCAUCGAGGAUGUCAUCCCAGCCCGCGGCCGGUACUCAGGCUAACCGGGGUAACCUGCCCAAGGGCGCGUGCUACAAGUGCGGCAAGACGGGCCACUGGAGCAGGGACUGCACCGCGCCGAGGGAGGAGUGGAUACCCCAGCAGCCCAGGGACGCGAGCGCUGGGACCGCCGCGGACGGCGACGCGAAUCCCGAGGGCGCCGCGGGCGGGUCCGCCGCCGCGGGCGGCGCCACCGGCAAGAAGAAGAGUAACCGCCCGCCCAAGUUCACCGUCGUCGAUCACCUCCUCGGGCCCAACGGCCUCGCGUACCUCCACGGCGUGAUCCCCGAGAAGUUCAACCAGAUCGCCAAGGGCCCGGGGCACGAGUUUGGCGACUUUCAGAGGCUCAUGGGCCUGUACCGCGAGUGGACGCGCAAGAUGUACCCGUACAAGCCCCACGAGUGGGUCAUGAACAGGGUGAAGGUCCUCUGCAAGACCAGGGAAGCGCGCGCGUGCAUCAGGGAGCUCAACGAGCGCGAGAGGAUCGAGCUCGGCGGCGAGGGUGUCGACGCGCCGGAAGAUUUCACCGAGGAGGACGUCUUCUUCCCGGACCAGGACCAGGACCAGGACCAGGACGACGACGACGAGGGCGAGGACGUGGUGUUCCCCGACGAUGACGAAGAGGAGGAGUGGAACGAGGCGAAGCACGGGAAAAAGGCGCAGCUCGGCGUCGGCGGCGGCGUCGGCAAGUCGAAGGGCGCGCCCGCCGCCGCCGACUCGGAUGACGACGAGGAGGCGAUCCAGUCUCAGAGGGAGAAGGACGCGGACGCGUUCGACGACGCGCGGAAGGAGGUGGGCGCGGGGUACUUUGACGAAUCCAGCGACGACGACGACGACGGUAUCGCCGUCGUCGGCGCGACGCGGCGCGAGUCGUCGGCGCUCGGGGCGGAAAGGCAGAAGGGAAAGGCGCGGAAGAAGCUCAAGGAGGUGGCCGCGAAGCGGAGGAGGAAGAAGAAGGAACCGACACCCGAGCCGGAGGAUGAGGAAGAGGCGGCCGAGGAGGGACCCGAGCCGCCCGCGGAGGCUGCCGAGGCGUCGUCGCCGAAGCGCAAGCAGCUCCGAAGGAGGGCGCGAGAUUCUGACGACGACGAGGACGACGAGGAGGAGGAGGAGGAGGAAGCCGGCGCGAGCCGCCGCGCGCGCCGCCGCGUCAUCAAGCGGGGCAUCGACAGCGACAGCGACAGCGAUACACCGAAUCUCAGGGACGUCCUACCGAACGACGUGGGCGGGAACGUCCUCGGGCCGUCGCCGGCCAAGCCGCUCGUGCCGAGCUUCCUGUACGAUUCCGAGUCGGACGGCGAGAAGAAGGGCUCCGAGAAGAAGGGCUCCGAGAAGAAGGGCGACGAGUGA